CCCUCCCACCACCAGUCAGUGAACAACCGGAGAGUAGCUAGACAUGCAGAACCGCCAGUGCACGUAGGAUAUACCACAUAUUUCUCCUGAGUUUAUGAAAGAGCAUUGAGUUAUGACGGGGAGCAUGUUUAAAAUAGAACCUAUCUUUGUUCAUUGAGUCGCAGGAAGAAAUAACCGAAUCAGAAAAUCUCUUGAAGGGAAGAAAUAGUUGCGCGCCAGGUCUGAUAGUCAACGUGUGGGAAUGGCAUCUCCCCGGCCGAUAAAAGGCAUCCUUAAAAACAAGAACAGCGGGACAAACGUCAAAUCCCUGCCCGAAGAAGAACCGGGAGAGAAUGCCGAACAAGCACCUGUACUCUCGGAAGAUGACGCACAGAAGAAAUCCCAGAAAUGGGACGAGAUGAACAUCCUGGCCACGUACCACCCGGCCGACAAAGACUAUGGCCUGAUGAAGAUCGAUGAACCCAGCACUCCUUACAACAGGAUGGUGGGGGAAGACGAGGAUGAAGGGGCGCUGAGUGACUCGGAGGGCCACAGCGGACUCGCAGCGGACGACCUGGCAUCAAAGCUGGUAGCUGCCGAGGGCUCAGAGCCUCGUUUUAUGAAGGAAGAAGAGGAAGAAGAAGAUGAAGAGAGCAGCGAGGAGGAGGAAGAGGAGCUUUCUCCUGAAAAUCAAGCCAAAAAGACGCAUUUCGUGAUGAUGAGGAAGAUGCACUACAAUGAGGGCAUGAACAUCAAGUUGGCCCGGCAGCUCAUUGCCAGCGAGUUAGAGGAAGACGAGGAUGCAGACGAAGAGAUGGCGGACGACACAGAGGAGGCGAAGGAGGAGACGAGGGAGGAGACGGAGGAGAUCAGUGUGGACCCGCCACAGGAAGCUGAUCUCUGGACUCGUAAGACGAGCCCACCCCGCCUGUGUGUCCGCUCAGGAUCCGACAGACGCUGCGCCCUGAGUUUUCAAAGCUGCGCCGUAAAGCAGACACCCGCUUCACCACUCUGUACAAACAAACCUCCAUACAGCCAAUAA